AGAAGGCCGCUAAGGAAAAAUCAGGCAUCCAAACAUCUCAUUUUAUUUUAUUUAUUCAUCUUAAGCGUGACAGGAUGGCAGCGUCAAUGAAGGAUUUACAUCCAGAGCUAAGGGAGUACCUUCUCACAAAUAAACUUCCGGAUGUGUACGAAGCACUUCUGACAGGAUUGGCUGUCAUGUGUCCAGAUGACCCGAUUGACUUUUUGAUACAAAAGAUUGCUUAUGUGAAGAGGCGUGGCUUGGGAUGUUUGCAGUGGGAUAUGUUUGUGAGUGAUGAUAUGAAACCACAUCCAAAGGUUAUUUCUGAGAGUAGCCUUGAUUACAUCUUCUACUCAGAUGAUAAACAUAUGCCAACACCUGAAAUGUAUGAAACUGCAUAUGCCCACUACAACUUAACACUGUUGCUGAAAGGCUACAGGGCAUGGAUGCAAUACCAUCUUCGUACUAAGUGGAAAAGAGAGCUUGUCCAGAGGAAGUUAGAAAAGGCUGCCCGUCAUCAUGCUCACAGACAUUUGAGAAUCUGUCUUAACCAGUGGAAGGAAUGGUUAAAAUUUAGAAAAGGAAGACAAGCAAUGUCUUUCCAGAAGAUCCAGUAUGUUUAUAAUGUUGUCAUGGGAAGGCUAGUAUUUGAUGCAUGGUUCUUGCAUACACUUGAUGCACGGAAGACUAGAGAGUACUUUGAGGUUUUAGAGCAGAUGAAUACUUGUUGGAGUUUCACGAAAUUGGAACGAGGUGAAAAUAUGGAAGAUGAAGAGCUGUUUGUGCAAGGAACAGGGGAAGCUAAGGACAGCAUUUCCAUGCUACCCAAAAAUGUGGCUGUCUUGAUUUUCAGUUUUGUGGACAUCACUGAUCUUUCUCGCUGUGCCUGUGUGUGCAGAUCAUGGAAAAUGCUGACCUUAUGCAGUCUGCUAUGGAGCAAGAUGGACCUGUCAACUGUAAAGAACACUGUUACAGAUAAAGUGGUUGUGCGAUUACUUGCAAAAUGUCGUCCGUACUUGGUGCAACUGAACUUACAAGGUUGCAGAAAGUUGCAAAAGCCUACUUUCCUCUGCAUCAGUGAAUGUCGCAAUCUACAGGACCUCAAUCUCUCUGAGUGCUCAGGAUUAACAGAUUCAGCCUUCAAGAUGGUUGUUGCAGGGUGUAAAAUUCUUCUCUACCUCAAUAUUUCUCAUACUUCCAUAACAGAUGCCUCUUUACAGUUCAUAUCAGAAUAUUGUGGUAACCUCCAGUUUCUAAGCUUAGCAUUUUGUGGGAACUUCACUGACAAGGGGCUGCACUACUUGGCAUGUGGGAAAAACUGUGGUCGACUUCAGUAUUUGGACCUCUCUGGAUGUCUUCAGAUAACACCUGCCGGGUUUCAGAAUUUGGCUGACGGAUGCAUAAAACUGAGAGCCUUGAUGCUUAAUGAAUUCCCUACUCUCAAUGAUGAAUGUAUUCAGUCAUUGUUUGAGAGGUGUGUGAGUCUGACUCAUGUGUCUUUCCUUGGAUCACCGCUUCUUACAGACGAGACAUUCAAGAGGCUGGCCCAGUGCAAAGAUUUGAAGAUGAUCAAAGUGGAUGGGAAUCGAAGAAUAUCUGAUCACAGUAUGAAGCAGAUUGGACGUAAUUGUUUGGAGCUGGAACAUGUAUACUUAGCCGACUGCCAUAGACUGACUGACUUCACCUUAAAGUCAUUGGCCAAUUGCAAGAACCUGAGAGUAUUAAAUGUGGCAGAUUGUGUUAGGAUCAGUGAUGCGGGUGUGCGCCACCUGGCAGAGGGUCCUGCAGGUCUGUCCCUCCGAGAACUUAAUCUAACCAACUGUGUCAGGGUGGGAGAUAUGGCCAUGGUCAACAUACAUAAAAGAUGCCAAAACCUUGUGUACCUGAAGGUGUGUUUCUGCGAGCACAUCAGCGAGGCAGGCAUAGAGCUGAUGGGACAGAUGCAGAGUGUGGUCUCCCUGGACAUAUCUGGCAGUAAUUGUGGAGACCAGGGUUUAUCUGCCCUUGGUAACAAUUUCAGCCUGCGUGAUGUGAGUUUGUCAGAGUGUUCAAGCAUAACAGAUCUGGGAUUACAGAAGUUUGCCCAGCAGUGUAAAGAUGUGGUGAGAUUGGACUUGUCACACUGUGUGCUGCUAACUGAUGCGGCUUUGAAGAACUUGGCCUUUUGUUGUCGCAUGAUCAAUGGUCUUAACCUCUGUGGCUGUAAACUGCUGACAGACUUGAGCAUCCAAUACUUGUCUGGCGUUUGUCAUUACAUCCAAUCUUUGGACAUCAGUGGGUGUUGCCUCAUCACAGAAAAAUCCCUGAAGUAUUUAAGACGAGGCUGCCCUCAACUAAGAAGCCUGACGAUGCUCUACUGCAAAAAUAUAUCAAAGAGAGCUUCGAUGAAGAUCGCUCGUCGUGUAGCAGAAGUUAAGCACAGUACAGAGCCGGUCCCUGUCUACUUUGGAUACUGAUUCAUUCCCUGUUUGGAUUCUAUUGUUUCAGCAAGCAGGUAAACAAUAUUUGCACAGCACAGAGCCAGUCUUGGUCUACUUUGGGUACUGAUUCAUUCCCUGUUUGAGACCUAUUGUAGCAGAAGUUAUUCACAGCACAGAGCCGAUCGCGUUCUACUUUGGGUACAGAUUCAUUCCCUGUUUGAGACCUAUUGUAGCAGAAGUUAAUCACAGCACAGAGCCGAUCGCGGUCUACUUUGGGUACUGAUCCAUUCCCUGUUUGAGACCUAUUGUAGCAUAAGUUAAUCACAGCACAGAGCCGAUCUCGGUCUACUUUGGGUACUGAUUCAUUCCCUGUUUGAGACCUAUUGUAGCAUAAGUUAAU